AUGGCAGGCAACUUUACCAAUCAGCAAAUCAAGGACAUUUAUUCAGUGGCAGCAUACUCUGAUGAGUUGUGCAACGUGAUCGAUAUUGAACACCCAUCCCUUUAUGCAGCCUUCGGGACGCCAUGUUGCAAGCUUAUGACGUUACGCUUCCUCACCCCUGACCCACAUUUGAAUAGGAACCAGCCCGUAGUGCAGCACGAGAGAAACACAGCCCACAGUGGGAGGGUUCGGAGUCGAACAGCAGCCCUCCCUCCCUGCUCACUCGCUGGCAGCAGGCAAACAGGGGUACCUGCAAAGAUGGGAGGUGUCAACGUGCUGACCUUCCUGUUCGCCCAGUUUGACCGUUACCUGGCUGUGUGUCACCCAUUCUUCUACAACCGCUAUAUCAGCCGCUCGCUAGUGAUCGGUGUGUGCGCCUUCUGCUGGAUCUACACCUACUCCAUCCUCACCGUGCAGAACAUGGUGCCAAUCUCCAAGGCGGCCCAGAUCAACGCCUUCGGGGUCAUGACCCUACAGAUCAUCGUGUUGGUAAAGGUUCUGAUGACUAUCAAGCUGUAUGUGAUUGCCCGGAACCAUCUGGCCCGAGAGCCGCCCAGCGCUGAACGGGACAACAAGAGGGAGUCGCUUCGGAUCAUCGUCUUCGUGGUUAUCUGCUUCCUGGCCCUGUGGUGCCCCUCGUUUGUCAACAUCAUCGUCAGGCAGCUCACCCGGACCGGGAUCCGCUUCCGUAACGAGGCCACCAACCUGUUUGCCAUCAUGGCGCGCCUCAACGCCCUGGUUACGCCGGCUCUGUAUAUCUGGGGUAGUCCAGCUCUCAGAGGGGCCGUGUGGAGAGUCGUGUGGCGACGGGUGUGUCCCAGACGGAGGGCCAGAGUUGAUUUAUCUUCAAAGGAGUGAGGAUGAAAAAUAGAGUGUCGUAUGCGGAUGCUGGUAUGCUUGUUUUGAACAGAUUUUUAAUUCACGAACGGAGUUCUGGAUCUACUCUCAUGUUCCCAUUAAGUCCAGCACAUGAUUAUCUUUAUUGCAGGGGUCAGUUCCCGCAGCUCCAGAGCCGCAUGCAUCUCUUUGAACCCUCUGAUGUGGUUCAGUUUUUUAUUGAAUGAUUAUUUGAUUAAAAUACAUUCUGGUGCUUGCGAGAUUUAACAAAUAAAUUUUAUCUUUCCUUUAGUAGGCAGAUCAAGUAAGGCUCUGUUUUCUGUGUUUGUUAGCA